ACGCAUGCCUUCUUCACGAUGGAGUAUGCAAGUGGAGGAAGUCUCAUGAUGGAAAUCAAAAAGCGGAGACAUCUGAAAUUAAGAAAAGUGAUGAUACUGGGUUAUAGAUAAAGAGAAGGAUUUUAUCCGCCCAUAAUUAAAUGUCUGGAAGCCACAUUCCAUCGUAAUGGAACCUAAGGAACAUCUGCACAGCAAGAAAAAUGGGACCUCCUGUGAGAUACUUACUCAGCUAAUGCACCACAGCUUCUACUCGGCGGAGAUGAUUUGUGGACUGCAAUAUCUACAUUCUCGUGGCAUUAUCCACCGUGAUUUCAAACCGGACAACGUCAUGCUGAGCAGCGAAGGACACAUUAAGAUCGUGGACUUCGGCUUGGCAGCAGAAGGAGUUUUUGACAAGGACACCAUCACAGGCAGAAUUGGAACUUUUGCAUACAUGGCUCCAGAGGUGAUAAGAGGCAAGGAAUACAAUGCAGCUGUGGACUGGUGGUCGUUUGGCAUCACCCUGUGCGAAAUGGCUACCGGUCAGUUCCCUUUCCACGAAGAGAAUUGUCUUGGUGAGGUAACACGAUCUAUCCUCAAGGACCAACCCACCUACCCAGACUGGAUCAGCAACAAACUGCACCAUCUCCUGCAAAAGCUUCUGAAGAAGAAGGCCUGCAAUCGCCUUGGAAUCAAUGGAAAUAUACGAGAAGAUCCGUUUUACGAGUCCAUUGAUUGGGAGGAACUCGAAAACAAGAGUGUUUCACCACCGUUCCAGCCAGAAGCUCAAUCAUCUGAGGAUUUUAAGGACUGUAGAAUGACCACCCUGCAGUUCUUACAGGAGCGAGUCACAUUAGGAAAUUACAUUCUUCAGGACUUUUCCUAUCAAAGUCCUGGAUGGCAGGCAUAAGUGACAUCGCUGGACACAGUCCUACAUGAGCAGUGAAACCAUCAGCUAAAUACCAAUUCUGUCUAUUCCAACUCACCAUAAUCUGCCAAAAACAUUUUCUUCUUUGCGUUAUCUUACUGCCACCUCCACUACCAACUUUUCCAUCUGCCACUAUCUACUCCAGCUUCCAUCUUUCAUCUUAUGUUACCAUCAAUUCCAGGAGCUCAUCCUUUUCUAGCCACUCCAAUUAAAUUGGGGGUGCCUCUUUCUUUGUUUAUUCCAUCAGUAAAGACUUCCCUUAUUUCCACCGCUCUUUCACAUGCAGUGCCUUUUCUUCCAUCCACCAAACGUACACCAUUGGUGCUUCCCCUACCACCGCAGUUCCACCAGUGAUGCCUCCCCUUAUAUCCACCGCAGUUCCAUCAGUGUGCCUCUCCAUGCAUCCACUGUAGUUCCAUCAGUGGUGCUUUCUCUUCCAUCCAAAAUAUGGUUUAAUACACAGGAGCACCCUUAAGCCACUUGGUAGACCCUGCAUUCUUUUUAAUUCCAUCCCUCAGACUGCAGAAGCCGGGAUCUGCAGAUUGCGUGGGGCCCAAUGGAAUAAAAAGGAAUGCGGCAUUCAUCUUGUGGCUUAAAGGCACCUGUGUAUUCUGUCAUAUUCCCUUCUGUUUUCCUUGUCAUUCUUUCCUAACAUAAUGCAGUACUUCCCCUUCCAUCCACCCCACAACUUUGCCAGCCCAUCCGUUCUGACUAUCCCUUACUGCCACCUCCACUACCAACUUUUCCAUCUGCCACUAUCUACUCCAGCUUCCAUCUUUUAUCUCGUGUUACCAUUUAUUCCAUCAGUAAAGCCUUCCCUUCUUUCCACCGCUCUUUCACAUGCGGUGUCUUUUCUUCCAUCCACCAUAAGUACAGUAUUGGUCCGUCCCCUACCACUGCAGUUCCACCAGGAAUGCCUCCCCUUAUAUCCACCGCAGUACCACCAGUGUGCCUCCCAAUGCAUCCACUGUAGUUCCAUCAGUGGUGCUUCCUCUUCCAUCCAAAAUAUGGUUUAAUACACAGGAGCACCCUUAAUCCACUUGGUAGACCCGGCAUUCUUUUUAAUUCCAUCCCUCUGCAGAAGCCGGGAUCUGCAGAUUGCCUGGGGCCCAAUGGAAUAAAAACGAAUGUGGCAUUCAUCUUGUGGCUUAAAGGCACCUGUGUAUUCUGUCAUAUUCCCUUCUCUUUUCCUUGUCAUGCUUUCCUAAAAUAAUGCAGUACUUCCCCUUCCAUCCACCCCAAGACUUUGCCAGCCCAUCCAUUCCAUUCAACCUUCUUCAACUGGGGCUUCUUACCGCUUUCAUUCAAUAUAUAUAUAUAUGUAUAUAUAUAUAUAUAUGGUUUAAUACACAGUAGCACCCUUAAGCAACUUGGUAGAACCUGCAUUCCUUUUCAUUCCGUCCCUCAGACUGCAGAAGCCGGGCUCUGCAGAUUAUCUGGGGUCCAAUGGAAUGGAACUGAAUUCAGCAUUCACUUUGCAGCUUAAAGGUACUUAUGUAUAUUCUGCCAUAUUAUCUUGUUUUUCCCCACCCUGCUUCCCUUGAUUAGAACCAUAACUUCCACCACCCAGUUUCAUAAGCCCAACUUCCUUUUUCAUCUGCCCCAAUUCCACCAGCCCCGUCUACUCUAUAUACAACUCUACUCUUCUCUAUCCACAAUAUGGUUUAAUACACAGGAGCACCCUUAAGUGACUCUGAAGACCCUGCAUUCUUUUCACUCCAUCCCUCAGACUGCAGAAGCCGGGGUCUGCAGGCUGCCUGGAGUAACAGAACAGAAUGUAAAUAGUAGCUUAAUGGCAUUCAUGUGCAUUCUAUCAUAUUUUCAUCUGUUUCCUUCCUUCACUCUACCUCUCAUAGUUAAAUAUGGUGCAUUGAUCCUGGGAGCUAGUCCGAUUGCCAUUAAGGGGUCAGGAAGGAAUUUUUCCCUCUAGUGAAGCAAAACAGCCCAAGCUUCACAGAGGUUUUUUGCCUUCCUCAGGAUCAAAAAUCCCAAUUUAUCUUAUUAAUAAAUCUUAUACAGAAUAACAUCAA